AAAGAGAAGAGAAAAAUCUCUUAGUUUAAGUGAUUUUCUUCUCUUUCUUUUACGUUCCCACGGUUCUUUUUCUCUUUCUUUUCUUCCCCUCUUUUAUUUUCUAAAAGGGGGCAACAGGUUUUUCUUUUUCUCUCUUUUUCUUUCUCUUCUCUUCUUCCUCUCCAACCACUAGAUGUCUCAUUCUCUCAUCCAACUAACAAAUUCUCUUUCUUUUCUCUUUCUUUUCUCUUUCUCUUCUUUCUCUUCUCUUUUCUCUUCUCUCCUUUUCAGUCUCUUUUUCUCUCUCAAAUAGAAAACAUUUGUUAGUUGAACAAAACUUUUCCAAAGAGUAACUUGUGUUUCUUUCUUUAUAGGAGAUCGUUUAUUUCUCUCUUUUAUUUGUGUCUCUCUUUCCAUUCGAGUGUCUAUUGGUAACCGUCGUCAUCCUCAUCCUCAUCUUCAUCUUCAUCGCUACGGUUAAUCGAACUGUUUUUAUAAAUCCAACAGAGGAAAGAGAACAGAAAGAGAAAGAGAACAAGCAACAAUAUUAUUAACCCUCUGAUCUUUUAACGGACAUUUGACGCCAUGUUUUUUAUCCAAUUGUUUUGUAACUUGUGAAUGUCUUUUCUUUUUCUUUUUAAUUUGUCCUUUUAACUUUUUUUCUUCUCUUUUUCUUCUCUUUUUGGUUACAAUUAAUCAACAUUUUCUGUCUUCGAUGUUUUGUCUUUUAAAUAAUCUUUUCAUCUUCAUGUCCAAUUUUCCAUCUUUUCAAAAGUUGUGAGAGUUUUUCAAUUCCAUCAUCGGAUUGAGUUGGAUUUUAAAUCCAAACUCUCUUGUGUCUCUUGGAUUAUCUAAUUUUUCAUUUCUUUCUUAUUGUUGCAAUAAUGUGUCAUCAAUUUUAUCAACAACAAUUUCUUAUUCUGAACUUGGUCAUUUUUCUAUCAUGUUUGGUGACAUCAAUUUCAACCUCUUCUUCUUCUUCUUCUUUAUCAUCUUUUUCUUAUUCAACUAAUCCAAUUCGUUGUCCAAAAGGAUUUGAAGGAAUCAAUUGUGAAAUCAACAUUGAUGAUUGUGCAGAUAAUUUAUGUGAAAAUGGAGCUACUUGUAUCGAUGGGAUUAAUGAUUAUACUUGCCAAUGUACACCACAAUUCACUGGACUUUAUUGUUCCAUUGAUGUUGAUGAGUGUUCAUUAAGGCAAUCUCAAUGUCGAAAUGGAGCAACUUGUGUCAAUACUCGUGGUGGUUACAAUUGUAUUUGCGUCAAUGGUUGGACUGGUCCUGAUUGCUCCGAGAAUAUUGAUGAUUGUAUUGGUUCCCCCUGUCAAAACGGUGCUACUUGUAUUGAUCGAGUUGGUUCCUUUCACUGUCAAUGUCCACCAGGUAAAACGGGACUUUUCUGUCAGUAUGAUGAUGCAUGUGCCUCCAAUCCAUGUCAAUCGGGAUCCAUUUGUGACACCUCGCCCAUCGAUGGGACUUAUAUUUGCUCUUGUCCCCCUGGUUUCAAGGGCACCUAUUGCACUGAAGAUGUAAAUGAAUGUGAAGAAGCGGGAAGCCCUUGUGAACAUGGUGGAAGUUGUGUCAACACUCCGGGGUCAUUUAAAUGUGAAUGUGCCAUCGGUUUCACUGGUGCUCGAUGUGAGACAAACAUCAACGAAUGUGACUCAUCUCCCUGUCAAAACGAUGGAACUUGUCUAGAUGAGAGAGGACGAUAUCGGUGUAUUUGUAUGCAAGGAUUUACCGGUGAACAAUGUGAAACCGAUAUAAAUGAAUGUUCAGACAAUCCUUGUUUAAAUGGUGGUACAUGUGCCGAUUUGAUUAAUGCAUUUCGAUGUAUUUGUCCAACCGGAUUCUCGGGUGGUCGAUGUGAACAAAAUGAAAACGAUUGUUUCUCAUCCCCCUGUUUGAAUGGUGGUUCAUGUGUUGAUGAUGUCGCUGGAUUUACUUGUCGUUGUCCACCAGGAUUCUCAGGGAAAACAUGUGACAUUGAUAUUGAUGAUUGUUCUUCAUCACCUUGUCAUCAUGGUAAAUGUAUUGAUCGUAUUGAUGGAUUCUCAUGUUCUUGUGAUCCAGGAUAUCAAGGUCGACUUUGUCAAGUUCAGAUAAAUGAAUGUUUAUCAAAUCCAUGUUUAUAUGGGGGAACUUGUCGUGAUCUUGUUGAUGGUUUUGCUUGUGAAUGUCCUAAAGGUACAAGUGGAACUCUUUGUGAGAUUAAUACAAAUGAGUGUUGGUCAAGUCCAUGUAGAAAUGGAGCAACUUGUCAUGAUAAAAUAAACGGAUUCACUUGUGAAUGUCCUCCUGGUUUCUCUGGUCCUACUUGUGAAAUUGAUAUUGAUGAAUGUGCUUCUAAUCCUUGUGCUAAUGGUGGUACUUGUCAUGAUUUAGUCAAUUCAUUUAAAUGUUCAUGUCCUCGUGGUUAUUUUGGGACAAGAUGUUUAAAUGAUUACAAUGAAUGUGAAUCUAAUCCAUGUUACAAUGGAGGUACUUGUGCCACCGGACCAAAAGCAGGAUCAUUCAUCUGUCAUUGUCCACCAGGAUUCACUGGAAUACGAUGUCAAUCGGACAUCAAUGAAUGUGUAUCUGGACCUUGUCUUAAUGGAGGAAAGUGUAACAAUUUAGUAUCUCAUUACACUUGCUCUUGCCCCAGGAUUUACGGAAUUAAUUGUGAAACAAAUAUCAACGAAUGUUUAAUCUCGUCCCAUAUCAUGGGACCAGUUUUGAAUGGCGGAACUUGUUACGAUCAAGUGAACAAUUUCACUUGUUUAUGUCCAGUUCCAUUUACAGGGAGAAGAUGUGAAACUGAAAUUAAUCCAUGUUCAGGUAACAAAUGUCAAAAUGGUGCAACUUGUACAAUUUUAACAAACUUCCGAGAUUAUCAAUGUAGUUGUGUAAACGGAUUCACGGGACAUUAUUGUGAAAACGAUAUUGAUGAAUGUUCAAGUGGAAACAAUAAUCCUUGUAGAUAUAAUGAUAAAUGUGUCAAUUUACAUGGAAGUUAUCGUUGUGAUCGUUCAUCAUCAUCUUCAUCUUCAUCUAAUAACAAUAAUAAUAAUAAUCGUCCAAAAGUAAAAGAAGAAGAAAUUGAUUGUUUGAGACAUAGUUGUCAUCCACAAUGUCCAAAUAAAGAAGAAUGUUUCUUAGGUAAUGGUAACCCCUGGUCGAAUUGUUCUUCACCUUCUUUCUGUUGGUCUCGAUUCUCAAAUGGUAUUUGUAAUGAAGAAUGUAACAAUCGAGCCUGUUUAUUUGAUGGAAGAGAUUGUGUUAAUGAUAACAAGGAUUCAUCACCAUCAUCUCCAUCCUCAUCAUCACCUUCAUCGCCUUCAUCACCUUCCAAUCGUAGUUCCAGUUUACCUGCUUUCUUCCCUGAAGUUGGUAAAAGUGGAUCAGAAAGAAGAAGAGGAGGAGGAAAAGGAGAAGGAGGAAGUAAAUGUAACGAGAAAAAUGAUUAUUAUUGUUUGGAAAACUAUGGAAAUGGUUUUUGUGAUAGUGGUUGUGAUUCAUCUGAAUGUGGUUACGAUGGAUUAGAUUGUUUCACUGGACAUCGGGUUCUUGGUCGUGGUGAGUUAUUCAUCGUUGUUGAUAUGCCUUAUAACGAUUUAAUCAAUGAUAAUGUUAAAUUAUCAUCAUUCCUGCGAAUUGUCUCGAAUCUCGGAGUCAUUCUAAGAAUAAGAAGACGAAUGGGUUCAAGUGAAAAGGAAAUUCAACCUUAUUACACUUCGACGGGUGAAACUUGGUCCAAUCUCUCGUUGAUUAUUGACAAUAGUAUUUGUUAUCCUAAUUGUUACGAAGAUGCAUCAUCGUUGGCCAACUUUUUCGCUGCACUUGAAAGUCGUGGUAAAGACAUGGGUCAACCAAGUAUGUUCCAAGCUCUAUCAGUUGUGAAAGUUCAAUCAGCCUUCAAUCCAUCAGAUUUACUUCCUUAUGGUGAUGGAGAAAAAACUUCUGAUGAUUAUCGACCCUCUUGGACUCUUGUUUCUGGUUGUCUUAUCGGAGCUUGUUUGAUUUCUGCCAUGUUGAUCCAAGUUAUUGUUAAGGUUAAUGGUAAAUCUAAAGUUGGUGGGACAAUCACUUGGUUCCCUGAAGGUUUCACAACCAUUGGAAGAGGAUCAGGAUCAGGGAGAGGAGGAGGAGGAGGAGAAAGAGGUGAUGAUAGAAGAAGAAGAGAUGGAGAGAGUGGAGAAAAUGAUGGUGGUGGAUAUCAGAGAUCAGUUUCUACUUGUGCUGCAGCAUCAGGAGAUUUCGGAAGAAAUCAUCGCAAUAAAAACUCUAAUCAUAGUAAUCAUGGUGGUAGAAGAAAUUCAGCUUUUCAAAGUAAUUCACUUCAACGUUUCAAUGGUCGUUCCAAUAACUACAAUCAAAGUCAUUAUUAUGAUGGACAAGAACUACGAAUGGUUAAAGAUUGUUCAGCUAAAACAAGUGUUACAUCAAUUGAGACAAAAACUGAAACAAUUUAUGAAGAACCUCAUGAUCCUCGUGCUUGGACUAAUAUUCAACAUCAUUAUGAAGCUUAUACUGGUGAUACCACUCAAAUUAUCCCUCCUCCACUAAUUAAAACUGAAUUAUUACCAUACAAUAAUGGUGGUGGAGUUACUCCAAUGAGUCCUGAUUCCGGUGAUUGUUUAAUGGAAGAUAAUGAAAAUAUUGUUGGACCUGAUGGAUUAACCGCUUUAAUGGUAUUUUCAGCUUAUGGCGAUUCAGCUCCUUAUUGUGAAUCUGAUUCAGACAUGAUUAACAUGAACCAUCAACAACAAGCACAACACCAAGGAAUUACAACAACAAACUCGGUUAAUGAUGAUAUUAUGAUGAUAAUGUCUCCAAAUAUCAAUGAUCAUCAUGGUUCAUCAUCAUCAUCAUCAACAACAACAACAAAUUCAGACGAAAGCUUCAAGAAAUUACUCCAAGAGCAAAAAGAUAUCAAUAAAAUUGCUGAGAAAACUGGAGAAACAUGUUUACAUUUAGCAGCUCGACAUGCCCGUGCUGAUGCAGCUAAACGUUUGUUAGCCGCUGGUGCUAAUUGUAAUGCGACAGACUCAACUGGACGAACACCACUUCACACAGCAAUUGGCGCUGAUGCAAGAGGUGUUUUUGAAUUACUAUUGAGAAAUCGAGCAACUGAAUUAAAUGCUAAAACUCAUGAUGGGACAACUCCCCUUAUUUUAGCCGCUCGAUUAGCUUGUGAAGGAAUGUUGAACGAUCUAAUUCAAGCCGAAGCUGAUGUUAAUGCUUGUGAUGAGAAAGGACGAACUGCUCUUCAUUGGGCUGCUUCGGUUAAUAACGUUGAUGCUGUUCGUUUGUUACUUCGUAAUAAUGCUAAUAGAGAUGCUCAAGAUCACGAAGAAUGUACUCCUCUCUUUUUAGCUGCUCGAGAAGGAUCUUGCCAAGCAGUUAGAGUUUUAUUGGAAAACUCGGCCAACAAAGAUAUUACCGAUCAUAUGGAUCGAUAUCCUCGGGAUGUCGCUGAGGAAAGAAUGCACAAAGAUAUUGUCAACUUACUCGAUACUUAUAAACAAGAUCAAUCUCAAUCUCACUCAUCGUCAUCACAACAACAACAACAACAACAACAAUCAUCAUCUUCAUCAAAUUCACAAAAUAAACAACUACCACCGCUUCCAACGACUCCAUCAACACCACAAUCACAAUCAUCAAAUAUUCAAAAAGCUCAAGAAAACUUUAAUUCAUCAACUCUUAAAAGAUCACAUUCUAAUGCAAACAGCAAUUUAAAUAAUAAUUCUAAUGGUAAUUCUAAUAAUAAUGGAACAUUAAAAGCAAGUCGAUCAAGAAAAGCAGCUAAAACAAAUUCUCAUCAACCAUAUUCAUCACAAAAAUCUAAUCAACAAACAAAUAAGAUGCAAUCAACAAAUAUGAUACAAAAUAAUAUCAAUGUUAAUCAACCAUCACCAUCACCAUCAACUCCUACAACACCAAUAAAACAACCACAACAAUUAACAGUUCAAAUUGAAUCUCAUCCACAACCUAAUCAUGUUUUAGUGACACAACAUCCAAAUGAAAGUCAAAUUAAACAAGAAACUAUUCAGGUAAAUAAUCAUCAACAAACAAUUGAACAACAAGUUCAAUCAUCGAUACAACAACAACAACAACAACAAAAUCUACAAAAUCAACAAAUAAAUAAUCAAUUACAGCCAAUUCAAAUCCAACAACAGCAAAUUCAACAGAUUCAACAGAUUCAACAUCAAUUACCACCUACACUACCACAAAGAAAUACACUUCUUAAUAUUAACACGCAACAUCCAAUUAAUUUACCACCAAAUACAACAUCAGUCCAACCAUCAACCACACAAGCACAAUUGAUUAUUAAUCAACAAUCUUUUCUUAAUCACUAUGACUAUCUUACAUUAUCAUCUCCACAACAUAAUUUUCCUCUAUCACCUCCUCAUAGUUAUGUCACUAAUCCAUCACCGCAUCUUCUUUCUCCUCAUACACCUUCAUCUCUCUUAUCACCACCACAUCAUCAGACAACAGCACCAACAACACCUUUAACUCAACCACCUCCAACUCCACCUUCCCAACAACAAGUUCACUCUCAACAACAACAACAACAACUCCAACAAUCAUCACAACACAAAUCAAAUAUUUCUUCUUCUGUGAAUAAAAAUAAUAAUUCAUCGACAUUAAUUAAACAUCAAAAACAAUCAUCUCAACCAAUUUAUGAUGUUAUAACUACAACUAAUAAACACCAAAGACAAUCAAGUUUAUCUCAUCAUCAUCAUCAUCAACAACAACAACAACAACAAUCACAAAAUCAAUUGCAACAACAACAACAAAUUAAUUUCACUGGAUACAAUACUUUACCAAGAAAUAAUAACAACAAUCAUCAUCAUCAUAAUAAUAAUAUGCAAAACUUUUCUAAUAACCUGGAGCCUUAUUAUAUGACACCGAGUCCAGAUUCACCUGAAACUUGGUCAACUCAAGCUUCAUCUCCUCAAGGAAUCAACGAUUGGCAUGAUGCUACAAUUUAUUCCACUUUACCUUCAACAACAGCAGCAACAAUAUCAACAACCAAUGGUCAACAUCAAAUUAUUGCUCAACAACCACAACCACAACAACAACAUCAUCAUCAUCAAAUUCACCACACACUGCCACCAUUGUCACAACAACAACAACAACAACAACAACAACAACAACAACAGCAACAACUUCAUCAACAUCAAUUGAUAUCAGAAUUAACUAAUUCUCAGCAAAUCAUGACAACGAUAACUGAACCCAUGCUAACGGAGAUGAUAUCAAUUAACCACCGAGAACCAAAUAUCAAUCAAACUGCUGCUGUUUUCAUUUGAUGAGUUAAUUUUUGUUUCGAUAAACAUUGUAAAUUUUUCAUAUUCAUUCACAACUGAAUCAAUCAGAAUGAUAAUUUAUUGUAAAGAAAAUUAAAACGCAAUUGAAUGCAAAUGUAAAUUUCGUAUCAAUUUAUAAAAUAAUUAAAUUUAGAUUUUAAAAAAACA